UUAUUGGACAGAGACAAAAGUAGGUCUGACCGCAUUGUGCGCCUAAAGAACUCAUUAGCACAGGACAUUGUCUACUCCGUAUCUAACGGAGCAAUUAAGACGCCUAAAAGUGUACUUUUUCCAUCUGUGGUAAAAGCCUUGUGUAAUAAUACAGAAGUUGUUAAACUUAUUAAUAGAUGUGGCCAUGGAAUCGGUUAUAAUCUUGUUGAGGAAAUCGAGACGGAAUUUGCGCUUAAAGCAAUUAACGAACAAACGUUAAAUCGUGUUCUUAUCCCAGAUGAAUGCAAACAGUUCAACAACCUACCCGUCGCACUCAUGGUAGCGGACAACAUUGAUAACUUGGAAUGUACGAUGAGUGGAGCCGGCACCUCCCACCGGGUGAAUUCCAUUCUUGUUAUGAAACGACAGCCUCAAGAGACAUUUGAGGAGAAUCUAGAGGGCGACGGUGAACAAUACCACCCCCCGGUGAAACGGAAAUGCAAACGAUCUUUAUCAGCAGAUGUAAUUACCAGAGAGAUUUCGGAUUACUAUGGAGGUAGGCGGGUCGGUCCAGGAGUCCUGUCACACAUACAACACCUCGGUAUUACCUCAUCCUACGAGAAAAUGUCAAGGAAACUGCACAUUCACUAUCUCGUGUGGAUCGAACUGAGGAAGCUGAACACUCAUCCGUUGCUGCUUGUUCCCAGCUGGACCGGAUCCUUCAUAAAGAUUCGCGACAAAGUCGCUGUCAUUCAAAGCACAAUCGGAUACCUCGACACACUGGACUCGCCAGCCACAGAUCUUAAGACGGCAUAUGAGGUACUCUGCCGCGGACGUGAAAUAAAAAACAAGCUUCAGCUGAAUGCAGUAGCUUGCGUAUUUGAUCAGGCGUUCUAUGCGAAAUCUAUGGAAGUGCUUUGGAAGCAGAAAGAGCAAUUUGAAGGUUUAGUUGUAAUGAUGGAUGGGUUUCAUCUGUUGGUGACACUACUGGCAAUCAUCGGCAACCGUUUUGGCGACGCUGGCCUCAGAGAUGUAGCUGUGCACAGUGAGGUGAUAGCUGAAGGCUCAAUUGACAGCGUUCUGAACGGCAAGCAUUAUAACAGAGGCGUUAGACUACACAAGAUUAUGUAUGAGGCGAUGACCAAGCUACUUUUAGACAACUUUGAAGAUUGCUUGCAUGAGGAUUCGUUGGAAUUGCUAAGUGACCAUAAAACGCAGUUGGAUCAGCUCAAGCUCAAUCUUUGUCAAGACGAAAUCGAGCAGGUCCUGGAGAGCGAGCUGCUACGUCAAUGGGAGAACCGUUUCCAGGAACACGUAGCUGACAUAAGGCAGAAUGGCAGUGAUCUUGCAAAAUUUUGGAUCACGUAUUUGCAACUCUGUGAACUCCUACUUGAUCUGAUGAACGCAACGAGAACGGGCAACUGGGAACUGUAUCUCUCUUGUAUCGAAGCAGUUAUACCAUGGACAUUUGCCUACGACCGGCAAAACUAUGCGCGCUAUCGAUCUAAUUCCAUACCUGAAUGA